UUUGCGGUGCCGGUAGUGGCGGCCCCUGCCCGGGGCGAGCGGCGGCUCUGGAGCGGGGGGCCCCGGGCGGGCCCGCGGCUCGGCAGGCUGUCGCAGGCCUCGGCGCCCGGGGGGCAGCGGGCCGGGGCCGAGGCGGCCCCGGCGGCCCCGCCGGAGCUCGGGCCGCUGCUGUCGGAGGGGGCGAGCGGCGAGGCCCGGGCCGCGGCGGUGCGGGGCCUGCGGGCCCGGCUGGAGGCGGCCGGGAGCCGCUGGCUCUGCGAGGGGCUGAGCCCCGCGGCGCUGGGCGCGCUGGCGGCGGCGCUGGGCGGCCACGCGGCGCCCCGGGCGCAGGAGCAGGACGCCGGGGCGCUGCCCGAGCGGGCGGCGGAGGCGGGCGCCGCGCUGCUGCUGCUCCUGGCCGGGCUGGACGCGGCGCGGGCGCCGGGGGCUCCGGGGGGCCCGGCGGCGGGGCCGCUCCUGCGCAGCCUGCUGGGGCCCGCGUACGUGUUCGCGGCCACGCACGCUGCCGAGAGGCCCUGGACGAGCCCGGGGUCGCAGCGGGUGGCGCGGGAGCUGCUGGCGGGGCUGCUCCGGGCCACGGGCUGCGGGUCGGUGGCUGAGUUCCUCCGCGGGAAGGACGACGAGGAGGAAGGAGGGUUUGCUGCAGUGAUGGCGCUCCUGAAGCAGGAGCUGACCAAGGACACGUGGAAGCUCAACCCUGCCACAAAGCACGUGUUCUCCGGGACGCUGCUUCACGUCACCCGGCCCUGGCUUAGCCGUCACCUGGAGAGCGUUCUCCCGCCGUCGUUGCUCAUCUCGGACGACUAUCAGGAGGAAAAUAAAAUCCUGGGUGUGCGCUGCCUGCAUCAUAUCGUUCUCAAUGUGCCGGCUGCUGAUCUGUGCCAGUUCAACAGAGCUCACGUUGUGUACCACGCCCUCUACAACCACCUCUAUUCGCGUGAGGCCCCUCUCGUUGAGGCGGUACUGCUCUGCCUGCUGGACUUGCUGCCGGUGCUGGAGAGAGCCCGGCGGCACCAGAAGGAGACCCGGCCCACCGCCCCCUGCGAUGAGGUCUUGCAGCUGGUUCUCACGCACAUGGAGGCGGAGCAUCGCCUUGCGCUGCGGCGGGCGUACGCCAGGGCCCUGCCGGCCUUUGUGCAGAGACUGGGCAUCCAGAUAGCCCGGCACCUGAAGAGGCUGGAGCGGGUUGUCCUGGGGUAUCUGGAGGUCUGCGAUGGCCCCGAGGAGGAAGCUCGGCUGGGAAUACUGGAGACGCUGCGGUGCACCGUUCAGCAUGCCUGGCCCAGAAUGCCGUGCAGGCUCCCCGUGCUCCUCAAGGCCCUGCUGAAGCUGAUCUGGGACGUACACACUGACCAAGGCUCAACGCCAGAGCCGGUGAAAGCAGCCUUGCUGCAGGCAGCCACCGAAUGCCUCAUCCUGCUGGAUCGGUGCUCUGAGGGGCAGGUGAAGGUCCUCCUGGAAGGAGUGUACAGCAGCUGUGAGGAAGGCCGUGUACGGGACUGCAUCAGGAAAGUGCAAGAGAACACGUGAGGCACGGCUGAGCCACUGUUCCCCCUGCUUUUUGUACAAUAAAAUAUUUUUUUUAUUUAAAGCUA